CAAGACAGGGAUUGUUUUACAACCGGAUCUCGGGAGCAAAGGACAGUUAAGAGAAGCUCAUAUUAUCGGAGAGCUCUUCAGUGUGACUUGCAGCACCUGCUGAUGCUUUUAGCUCAUGCAACUCUUCUUUGAAUGUUUUAGCGUUUGGACAGUGAGCGUUUGGAACGGAGGGAGGCGGGUCUUCACUGAUCACCGUCACGCGCUCGUAUCAUAUUUAGCGUUAUUUUCUUCGUGCAUGUCGGAGCGAUGUUUCACUGUCGGAGGAACGUUUCUGGAGCGGCUUUAUUACCACAGCGCCUGCACGACGUUCUUCACGCGAGCCGCGCAUUGCGUAACCGCCGCGCGAUGUGCUGCUCUCGCGUUUACCGGAGAUUAACGGCAAUGAACGCUGUUUUAUCCCGUUCCCGUUUACACGAGUUUGCUUUGAGCGCCGCCGCGCCGCGCCGCGAAUACAGCGCCGCGAGGAACGCGUAUCGAAGCGUCCUCAGACCCGGUGAACUUGAGUCGUUUCUGUCCGCUCCUUCUUCAGCUGCUGUCGCGAUCCAAACGAGACGAUCAUCCGCGACUCCCGAGAAGACGCAAGAAGAACGCGCCGCUAACACUCAAACGGAUCAGGUGUCGUCUGUGUCCGGCGCUGAAGGUCAGAGGUCAGAUGAGAAGCCCAGUAAGACGCAGCAGCUCAGGAAGGUGUUUAAGGAGUACGGCGCGGUCGGCGUCUCCUUCCACAUCGGAAUCUCGCUCAUUUCUCUGGGAAUGUUCUACCUCGUCGUAUCCAGCGGGUUUGACAUGGCAGCGCUGCUGUGUAAGCUGGGCUUCAGUGAGUCGGUGGUUCAGUCGCGGAUGGCCGCCGGCACCAGCACGUUUGUGUUAGCGUACGCCGUGCACAAGCUCUUCGCUCCGCUGCGGAUCAGCAUCACGCUGGUGUCAGUGCCGCUGAUCGUCAGACACCUCCGGAGGACGGGACUCUUCAGAACCGGAUCGUCCGGCCCGUGAGGAACACACUCAUAAGCUUCUCUAGAGCGCUUCAUUCAUAGCUACCCAAACACGACACUAACGUCCUGCAGUGCUUCUCUGGAGCGGACAGUACCUCAAGCGUUUUCUGAUCAGGACUUUCAUGACUGUUCUUUAGUUUUAAGCUCUGCAGUCCUUAUGAAGUCUGUUGGCAUUUAUUCAUUUUAGCAGCUGUGAUUAUUGUGGAUGAAAGAGUUAAUGAAGGACUAAUGUGUUGGUGUGUUUUAUUCCAAGACAGUUGAAUUAUCUAUCAGAUGGGAUUAAAAUUUUUUUUUUAGGAGAUUUCAGGACAAUUUUGAAUUUUGUCUGUUAGUUAUAUUGAAAAUCUCAUUGUGUAAUAUUAUUGGAAAUCUUAAUAUUGUAAAGACAAUGUUAUAUUUGGCUGUUUAAUUUUAUAAUAAAACAUA